AUGUUUAAAAAACAGUCAUUGACGAAACUGAAGAAAUUGGAUAGUCUUUUGAAAAAGAGUCAGAGGCUGAAUCCCCCUAGUAUGAGUACGUUGAACAUUAUUUCUUCCAAUCUGCAUCGAGCCGCAAGCCUCCGCGUAACAACCGCUCCCCUUCACCUUUCUACCGGCCACACUAUCCCGAAAGGAACAAGCGUGGGAUACGGUUCCCAUGCAAUCGACUUGGCAAGCCCCAAUAUCUCUUUGCUUCCCCACGAUCCUUCUACUAUGCCCAAACUCGAUUCUCCCAAUGUUUUCUCUCCCUUCUGCUUUUCUUCACUACAUAAGACUCCGGGAAAUCAAUCCAAAUACCAGUAUGUGACAACGAGUAACCACACAUUUUCAGGUCGUUUCUUUGCAGGGGUUGAACUUAAGGACUCUAGAAAUAUUGGGGAUACAGAGACGAAGGGAGGUGAGAGACCAGGAAAUAUUGUUCUUGGUAAUUUAAUUCAUCCGAAUCCGGUGGCGCAGCUCGAAUUUAAGAGAAGAGCUUAG